AUGGGUAAACUAACGACAAGCUCGUCCAUGCCGGCCUUUCCGGUCGGUUCCGCCGGAAAACAGAUACCGUCGGGCUUUCAUAUCAAAAUGAAAAGUGCUUCACCUACUUCCCCAGAACUGUCAUGCCAAGUACUUUGUAUUGCAUUUUUCCAGUACUUUGCAUUGCAUUUUUACGUAGCAUGCAUCCCGACCAUGACACGAAACUGACUUUGCAGCGCUAGUAGUAAACAUAGCUGCCGCCCCGUAUUCGUUCUGGGGUAGUAGGGGCCCUUUCCAACAUGAUACAUCAAGGCGCACCUCGCUAUAGUUUCGGAGCGGAAGUGUAUUAUCUGAAGUUUCCUUUGAAUGAUAGAUUCACAUGGCGCAAGAAGCGUUCAGCAUUUAUGAUUUCACGCUAAAAUACUAGCCGUUUUGAUGUCUUUAUUCGUCCAUUGGGUCGCUUCAGUCUCCUUCCCACGCGGCGAACCAAUGAACCCAUGACAUAGCAUGACUGACGGCCAAAUUUUUUUUCCAAACCAUAAACAGCUACUGCAAAACCCGCGCAAGUCCCAGAUCGGCGUACCUCGGCGUGAUUGACACGCCCGGUCCGGGCACGUACGAAACCGACCUGAUUCGCCCGGAGCAGAGGAACAUGCCCAAGUACAGCAUACCGGUGCAAUUGCGCGACAAGUCGAAGCUCACCUACAUCUCCUACAAGCAUUUCACCACGCCCGGGCCAGGGCAGUACGAGGAGGGUGCCGUGGGCAACAAAGUGAUGAAAAAAACCGCACCACUGUACUCGCACGGGCACCGGAGACCCGAAGCCAAGGGGUACUGGACGAGGCCAAACCCCAGUCCAGUGGACUACAGGAAGGAGAACGCGCACAGUAAGAUAGUUUUCCUGAAUUCGGUCAAUUUUUUUUUGUUGCUGUCGCAUUUUCCGCCGUAGUUCCUACCAUGAGUCUAACGAUUUCUCUGUUGUGUUGCGCACGUUCUUUGUUGUACUUACAAUACAUGCCAGUUGUUCUUGAAGCCGAGAGAGAAGGCUCAUAAGUACUUACUUUACGAUACUUGUUUUUGACCUCCUUCACACAGACAUCCUUCUCCGCGUCUUUCCGAAAUGGAAAUUCGGCACAGAGCAGAAAGGCAAGUCGCUGACAGCGAAGAGCUCUACCGGACGGAGUGUGGGGCCGGGAACGUAUCGACACGCGACCUGUCUGGUGCCCGCGAAAUAGAAUUUUGAUGUUGAUGUAGUAGCAUUUAUUACGAAUUUGCCCGCUUCCCACCCCCCCUUGUAGGAUGAAAUUACGUGAAUAAAGUUGCGCCGGUAGCAAGCUAGCAGGCAACAGAGUCAAAAAUGUACCAGCCAUUUACACGUACCUCUUUAACGAAGAGCUGCGCCGGAACGGAACAAGCCGCGCAUUGUUAAACUACUAAGUACCACCUUGUAACGAAACGGAAAAGGAAAUCACCUCAAAGCAACUUGUAGCAAAUCGGACCCACCUCCCAAGACCAUUUCUGUUUUCACGGUCCUCAUCUGUGUAGAAUUUGUCGAUUCGAGUCUCGUCCUUGUGUAAACGACAAGAACUACCA